UGAAAGGUAUAUCUAAUCUAUACUUUGUCUGUGGUAAUAGUAUAGUGUUCACAUGGAAUGAGAAAUAUUUACGUAGAAAAAUUUCUCUUUAUUGUGACGUUAUUUCAUUGCAUAAAAUUACUAUAAUUUCUAAGUUAUUUUUUAAAUUAAUGAUUAUAAAUAAUGCAUAAAUACAGUGACAGCUGCAAAAUGAAAUAUUUAGUUGCUUAAAUUUUCUUAAAUAUUUAUUUUCUUAAAUUAAAUGUUUAUUAGUAUGAAUUUCCUUAAUAAUGCAAUGUUGGAAAAAAAUUAUUUUUUUUAAAGUACAUUUUUGACGUUCGAAACUAACCUCUAUACGAAUGAAAGAAACAUCUGUGUUUUUUUCAAUAAUAAAAUUAGACCUUAUUUUUUUAAUUGAUCGUGAAUCAUGAUUAAAGCUAUUUUAGUAUUUAAUAAUCAUGGGAAGCCUAGACUUUCUAAAUUUUAUCAAUACUUUAAUGAGGAUAUGCAACAACAGAUAAUAAAAGAAACAUUUCAAUUAGUUUCGAAGAGAGAUGAUAAUGUUUGUAAUUUUCUAGAAGGUGGAAGUUUAAUUGGUGGAUCCGAUUAUAAGUUAAUUUAUCGGCAUUAUGCUACAUUAUAUUUUGUAUUCUGUGUUGAUAGUUCAGAAUCAGAAUUGGGAAUCUUAGAUUUGAUACAAGUUUUUGUUGAAACAUUGGAUAAAUGUUUUGAAAAUGUAUGUGAACUCGACCUUAUCUUUCAUGUAGACAAAGUUCAUUAUAUUCUCAAUGAAUUAGUGAUGGGUGGAAUGGUUUUAGAAACCAAUAUGACUGAAAUACUUACAAGAAUUGAAGAUCAAAAUAAAUUGGAAAAACAGGAGGCAGGAAUCACAGCAGCGCCGGCGCGUGCUGUUUCUGCUGUCAAGAAUAUGAACAUACCACAACAGAUAAAGGAUAUGAAGUUGCCUGAUUUACCACAAGCUAUAAAAGAUCUCAAAUUCUGACCAGCCGUUACUUCGUUGGCUCCAAGCUGACUGAUUUCAACCACAAUCCCAAAUGCAAGUGAUACUACAAGGGUUUUUUUCCCCUCUCUUCAAGUGAAUGAGAAUGCACCAAUACUGUCCACAAAUUCUUCAUACAUUUCACCUCAACAGUAUCAGAGUUAAACAAUGAAGAUUCUCAAAGAAGAGGAUUUGUACCAUGAAAUUUGAAAAAUUGUAUCUGUAUCUAAACAUAAGGAUCUCUGGAGUGUUGAAAGUAUUAAAUUCAAUACAUGAAAGAAGGUAAAAAUUUAUAAAU